GCUCCGGAGCGCAUCGGUAUCCAAUGGAUAAGCAGCUGCAAGACGACACACCCCUUUAUGCAUCGGGAUGGCACGCCCCCAGCAUGGAAACAGCUUCUAGUCGACUCGGCACAUUGACCUGUCACAAUGCAGGGGACAACUAGGGAAAUAUCACUGGGAUGGACUAUGUUAAUUUGGCUAAAGAAAGAAAGAAAAGUUAUUAUCGUUUCAUAACUGUUUAAUUUCCAAAGACCGGAAAAGGGAUUCAUACUCGACGUUGUUUACGUUUAGAUUUUUUUGUUGUUGCUCUAGGAUGGCAAUUCCAUGGAGAAGCCGGUAACAUGUAUUAUGUGAGUUGUUUCCUAUUGAUAGUAUACUGAGACCAAAGCUACCUCCAUAAUCACAUAAAGGGAUCAACCCGAAUGAAAUCAUUUUAAACCAGAACAUAGUUGAUAUAUUUGAAUGUCACCAAUUACGCAUCGGUGUUCAGUUUGAAGGGAUAUGGAUCAUUUCGCCGCUGAGUGCCUUGUGUCUAUGUCCAGUCGGGCUAUCGUUCAUCCUAAAGAGAACCGAGAGAUCAAAACAGAACCAGCCUGCUAUCCAAGGAACGACGGAGAAGACCUGGUCAAAGACAACUCUUCUCUUUUCGUGGUGGCGAGGAUUCUAGCGGAUUUUAACCAGCAGCCAUCCACGACUACUAGCGAUAUUGCCGAGCGGGCAAAAAUACAAGAAGGGUGCGUAUCGCCAGCUCAAGUCACAGAGGAUGGGAGUAGUGCCACACCUAUCCUCGACAGCCCCGCCGCCGACCUCACACAAAGAGGCAACAAACGAGUCAGAGGUCGAUCCGAGACGGAAUCGUCUCAGAAAAAGCACAAAUGUCAUUAUUCAGGUUGUGAAAAAGUUUACGGGAAGUCGUCCCACCUCAAAGCGCACCUAAGGACACACACAGGAGAGCGUCCCUUCCCCUGCACCUGGCCUGACUGCAACAAGAAGUUUGCCCGUUCGGAUGAGCUGGCCCGUCACUACCGCACCCACACCGGAGAGAAGAAGUUCAGCUGCCCACUCUGCGACAAGCGCUUCAUGCGUAGCGACCACCUGAUGAAGCACGCUCGCCGCCACUCCGAGUUCCAGCCCGCCAUGUUGAAGCGGCCGUACGGGUGUGGCGGAGGAAUGGGAGGAGGAAUGGGAGGAGUUGGCGGAGGAAUGGGCGUGGUCGGGAGUAGUACACGCCCCGGAUCGCUCAGCGACUACAACAGCCGCUCCGACUCGUCCAGCCCCACCCUCAGCCCCAGCCCCACCCUCAGCCCAGCUAACUCGCCUUAAAGCCCCGCCUACAGCACUUUCAGGCUCUGCCUCCAACGCCCUGAUUGACCCAUCCACCCACCCACAAGACAAGACAAGACACACACCACAGACAGGACAGGACUCUUUCAGUCUGUUUUAGGCCUUUUCCACCGCAGGGUUUGGGUUUUACACCGGUGCCCUGUGGAAUGUCUCAGCCCACAACAGCAUUGCAAUGGAAAUAGGCUAUUUAAAUCUUUUUUUUUAUCAUGAUGGUGGUCCUAGACUGGAUCCCCUUGAGCACCUGCUCCAGUCUCACUGGAGUCUUUUUACCAUGACACGUGGUGGUAGAAGGAAUCCUUUCAAAGAACUUGAUGCCCUGUCCCUUGUUCUAACGUCUCACCCUAACCUUGACUUCAAUGGGACUACGCCAAAACCCCAGCAGCUACUCUGAUUCGUUAUUUUGGUCAGUAGGGUCCUCUGAUUGGCUCUGGUCCUAAUUGGGACCCCCCCCCCACCAUUCCACUUAUUGCACAGUUACUUACCUAGCGGGCCUCCUUUCCAAUGCUCUGUCUGCUUGCUGCAUUGUACUGUCUUCUACAUCAUGUACUAUACUGCCUAUUGGAGAGCAAUCCUUUCAACAGCAAAGACAAAAAUAAUGCCUUUCUGAUGGCAAUAUUUCCAUAGUAAACAAAUGUACUGCGUAGGCAUUGUCUCUUUGAGAAGCCUCAGGCCAUUGUUUAAUAUUGUUUCAUUUAGGUUGUGGUACUUAAAGUUAGCAGAAUCAGCCAAGAAAGAACACAGAACGGGAUAUUCAAUAUUCUAAAUACUACAGGAUGUUACAUUUAUUUGAAAUGGCUAGGGAGGUUUCAUCUUUAUCCUCAGGAUUAUAAACACAUUUUAUUUCUUUUAA